UCGAACAACACAAAACAGCAUCGCGCAAGUAUGACUAGCCAUCACGGUAAACAAAUUGUACUGGAAGCGGUUACAAACUUCCGCAUCGUAGUGCAACAAUUGAUAGCGUUGCAUCUGAAGUGGCAGCGUGACCACAUUGUACGUUUGCGGCGGCAAUUCUAUACGAGGCUCUCCCGCCGGUUGCGUCGAAACAUUUCCGUUUACCGUCGCCAACGGCAACAGCUGGAGAAAGAUGUGCCUAUUGUACGCCCCGAGCGUACACCUAAACUGGUCCGGGUUGUGCCAUUGCCUAGGGAGGUGCCAUUGCCCCGGGAAGGCAUCGGAUUAACGUCGGCUUUCGACAAUGAUCAGCUAAACAUGUUACGUAUGGAUCCGGAGACCUUCGGGCUCGUAUGCGAGCUGGCUAAGGGUGAGCUCCUGGCAGACUCUAAACCGCCCACGCUAGAUGAUCCACUGACGCUGGAGAUGCAGGUCGGCAUCUCGCUGUAUGUGCUCGGUACCGGGGAGGAUUAUCGGAUGGCCGGAAAAAAGUUCGACUUGCACUUCACCACGGUGCGCAAGUAUGUGCAUAGCUUCUGCCAGGCGCUGGUGAAAACGGCCCUUACAAGUGAAAUACGGAUGCCGACGGACACGGAUGGGCUGGAGGGAGUUAUCAAAGAGUUUGAAGAUUUCGUCGGUAUACCACAAAUUGUAGGGAUCCUUGACUGCCUUCAUGUGGCCAUCAAUCAACCAAGUGGUGAUAGCAAGGAGUAUCUGAAUAGCAAAGGAUGGAAUUCGUUGGUUUUGCAGGCCGUAGUGAAUUGCAAUGGAAGAUUCAUGGACAUUUCCUGUAAGCAUCCCGGCAAAGCGAAUGAUGAAACGGUGCUAUUGCAAACCAGUCUGUAUACAACGAUGGAGGACCAGGUGCAUCCCUUCGAUCAAGCUAGAAUGAUCGAUAAAAAAGCGGUACAUCCAUUUCUGCUCGGAGACAAGGGAUAUCCUUUGCUGCCGUGGCUCAUCACGCCAUACUUCCCGGGCAAACUGUCCAGCGCUGAAUAUUCCUUCAAUGUAUACGCAGCGAAGGCACGGAACGUUAUCGGGACAGCAUUUGAGCGGCUGACUGGACGAUGGAAGGUACUGGACCGCUGCCUAAAUGCGAAUAUGUCUGUUGCACCCGAUAUCAUAGCAACUUGUUGCAUUUUGCACAACAUCACCGAACGCUGUGGCUCGCAGUACAAGGAAAGCUGGAGCGACUGCCCGAGCGUGGACGAUGCUACACCCACCCAACCCCAGUGGUCUUGCGGAAUCGUUACGACGGAGGGCGAAGAGGUUAGGAAUCAUUUGGCCAAAUAUAUGGUCAGUAAUUAUCCAAAGAUUGAAGAGGAUGAAGAUUGAAAAGGUCUUGGCAAGCAGUUUUUAAUAAUAAAACAAUAGUAAUAAAUAUACGUA